GCUUUAAUAACGUACUAUCGUAUCGCUUAGACUUGAUAUUACAAAAUGUCACAGUAUGGUCCUCGUUCGCAGGCUUUGCCAUCAGAUGUCAUAGAGGAGCUGGAACGCAAAUACAAUACCGCAACUCCUGUAAAGGAAGGUGUAGUCAAGAUACCAGCUGCCGACCCAGAUGUUUGCGGUGUUAAAACUGCAGUAGAGUCACCAGCUCCAAGUACUACAGUUAAGAAGGCUGAUGAUGAUGUUAAAACUCCAGAGGAAAAGGCUGCACUUUUGGCAAAAAUAACGGGUAAUCAACCGAACAUAUCACCUGCCUAUCGUCUUCUCGCUGACCCUAAGUUAUGUCUCAAGGGCAAUUCACAACAAGCCGAGUCACUCCAUCGUCAAAACUUGUAACAGUGCGAUUAUACCGCCUUAAGAAUGGAGGCGCAAAGAUCCU